UCCAACGGAAAACCUCAGAAAACGCAGCACACACACUACGGCUGCAGAAUCAGAAAGCCCAACACACCAAAAAACCUUAUCACAAUUCACCUCUCCCCUCCCCUAUAUCUUCUCUUCUUCUUCAUUCUGUUUCUUAUCCAUAAACCCUCGUCGAAACCCUUUUUUCUCCUAAUUCUUUAUUCUAUUCGUUUUUCAAUUCUGAACUUCCAUGGAUUCUAAGGAAGCGACGACCCAGCCAAUCUCCGAAGUCUCCUCAGGUGAUAGUAGAAGUGAUAGUAAGGGUACCGUACCCGAGGAUGAGGGUUAUGUGAGCGGUAAUGAGGAGUUCGAACCGGCUUCGGAUAAAUUGGUUGUGGAUGAGAUUGUGGAGGAGGAGAAUUCUGAUGAAUUGGAAAAGAUUGAAUCUUUGCUGAUUUCCGGGGUUGUUGUGAAUGAUGACGAUGAUGUCGAAAAAGGGGAUAAGGAUAUUGAGGGGGGUGGGGUUUUGGAGGGGGAUAAGGUUGGUGGGGUUGAGGGUUUUGAUAGGAAUGGUGAGGUUCUUGAUUCGGUGGAGAAAUUGGGCGUGAAUUCCAAUGAUGGAGUGGAUGGGGAAGAGGGGAAAGUGGGAGUUAGAGAAGCGGAGAUGAAAGUCGAGGAGUCUGAGGUAAACGAAAAGAGUGAACCUCAGGCAAAAGAUGCUUCUCAGGCGGCUGUCGUUGAGCAUGUAGAAUCGGAGUUCUCUGAUGCGGUUGAUGUGAAAACCACGCCUGAAGGGGAUGCUGUUGUUGACGCCAUUCAGGUUGACGUGGCUGCACCUGGUGUAGUUGUUGUUGGAGAGACGGAGGAGGAUGGCGAUGCGGGGAAUGAACCGGAGAAGGAGGUGAUUUCUGAAGUGGCUGUGAUUGAACAAGAAAAGUCGGAGGUCGUUAGUCUUGUUAACGAGGGGCAGACAAGUCAAGGGGACCCUGUUGCUGUUGAUGAGACAGAGCCUAAAGAGGAAAAUUUAACUUCUGUGGAUAAAUUAGAGCCUAAAGAGGUUGCGGAAAACGUUGGUCUUGCUGAUGUGGCACUCGCAUCUGAAGGGGAUUCUGUUGUUGAUGCCAUUCAGGUUGAUAAGGUGGGACCGGGGGUUGUUGUUGUCGGGGAAUUGGAAGGUGAAAAGAUUGAAGGAGUAGAGGUUCCACUUGUAUCGGUCAGUGGCCCUACUGAAACUGCUGAUGAUGUAGAAGAAGUCGGUACUAGGGAAGUCUUAGCAGCCAAUAUAGUUGAUGUUGUGGAUGCAGAUGAAAAUUCAGAUGCAGUGGGUGUUGUUGAUUUGGAAAAUGGAGUUCACGCAUCCUCGGAAAGUAAUGAUUCUGUGGAUAGCGGUGAUACAAUAAAGAAGCCAGAGGUGGAAUUUGAGUCGCCUAGGAUUCCUGAUUCUAGAAUUGCUGGAAAAGCACGACCAAUAAUUGUUGGAAUUAAUAAUCUCGAAGUAGAAGGUGGCGGGGAACCCGAGUCUGCUCCUAUUUCCGAGGCUGUUGAGAAUAGUACCACGCCCAAGAUUGCUACUGAUGGGGAGGUUGAAGGAGAAGUGAACCCGCGUGAAAAUACUGGAAAAGCACCACCAGUAGUAAUUGGGCGUAGUAGUCCCAAAGUAGAAGAGGAUGUGGAAUACGAGUCUGCUCCUAUUUCCGAGGUUGCUGAGAAUAGUAUCACGGCCAAGAUUGCUGCUGAUGGGGAGGUUGAAGGAGAAUUGGACGGGCUUAGUAAUACUGUAACUGUACCACCAGUAGUUAUUGAACCUAAUAAUCUCCAAGUAGAAGAUGACGUGGAAUACGAGUCUGCUCCUAUUUCCGAGGCUGUUGAGAAUAGUACCACGGCCAAGACUGCUACUUAUGGGGAGGUUGAAGGAGAAGCGGGCGACAGUAGAAAUACUGGAACUGCACCACCAGUAGUUAUUGGAAGAAAUGAUCCCCCAGUAGAAGAUGACAAUGGUGAAGAAGUUAACCCCGAAGAUUCCAUGUCAGAUGAGGACAGUGACGGUAUGAUUUUUGGUAGCUCCGAAGCCGCCAAAAAGUUCAUCGAGGAGUUGGAGCGAGAAUCUGUUGAGGAUUCUCAUGCAGGUGGUGAGGGCUCACUUCAUCAGUCUAGGGGUAUUGAUGGUCAAAUUGUCACGGAUUCAGAGGAGGAGGAGGAAGAAGAAGAAGGUGAAACUGACGAAGAGGGAGAUGGGAAGGAGUUGUUUGACAAUGCUGCACUGGCAGCUCUUUUGAAAGCUGCAAGCCGUGCUGAGUCAGACGGAGGCAGCAUCACUAUAACCUCUCAAGACGGGUCGAGGCUUUUCUCAGUGGAGCGUCCAGCUGGUCUCGGAUCUUCCCUCCAGUCUUUGAGGCCCGCCCAACGUCCGAACCGCCCCAGCCUUUUCGGCACUGCGGCUCCUUCUGCUGGCGGCGGUGGUGGUGGUGAAGUUGAGGAUCGUUUGAGUGAUGAGGAGAAGAAGAAACUGGAGAAGUUGCAGGAGAUUAGAGUGAAGUUUCUGAGGCUUGUUCACAGAUUAGGCCUUUCUCCGGAAGAAUCUGUGGCGGCACAGGUUUUGUACAGGCUGGCACUUCUUGGAGGGAGACAAAGCACCCAUACUUUCAACUUGGAUGCUGCUAAGAGGACCGCUUUGCUGCUCGAAGCAGGGGGGAACGAUGAUUUGGACUUCUCGAUAAACAUCCUCGUUCUUGGAAAAUCUGGUGUGGGGAAAAGUGCCACCAUAAAUUCAGUGUUUGGAGAAGAGAAGGCUCCGAUUGAUGCAUUCGAAACCGGAACAGCUUCAGCAAGAGAGAUUUCUGGACUUGUUGACGGAGUUAAGGUUCGUGUUAUCGACACUCCUGGUCUUAAAUCUUCCGUGAUGGAACAGAGCUUCAACCGUGGCGUGUUGUCUUCUGUGAAGAAGUUCACGAAGAAAAGUCCACCUGAUGUUGUUCUUUAUGUGGAUCGUUUGGACGCACAAUCUAGAGAUCUCAACGAUCUGCCGCUCUUGAAAACCAUUACCAGCUCUCUUAAUUCUUCCAUCUGGCGAAGUGCAAUCGUCACUCUCACUCAUGCUGCUUCUGCACCGCCAGAUGGACCAUCCGGUGCCCCUCUGAGCUACGAUGUUUUUGUCUCGCAGAGGUCUCAUGUUGUCCAGCAAUCCAUUGGCCAUGCCGUAGGCGAUCUUCGAAUGAUGAGUCCGAGUCUGAUGAACCCUGUUUCUCUCGUGGAAAACCACCCCUCUUGUCGGAAAAACAGAGACGGCCACAAAAUACUCCCCAACGGUCAGAUCUGGAGGCCUCAGUUACUGCUGUUGUGCUACUCGAUGAAGAUUCUAUCAGAAGCGAGCUCUCUCUCGAAACCCCAAGACCCUUUUGAUCACCGAAAGCUCUUCGGUAUGCGGCAGCGCGCACCGCCUCUCCCGUACAUGCUUUCUUCGAUGCUGCAGACUCGGACCCACCCGAAACUUCAGUCUGAUCAGGGAGGUGACAGCGUUGACUCUGAUAUUGACUUGGACGAAGAUUUAUCAGACGAUGACCAAGAAGGAGUGGAUGAGUAUGAUCAGCUUCCGCCUUUCAAGCCUCUCAAAAAGGCUCAGAUGGCGAAGCUAACGGCAGAACAGAGGAAAGCGUAUUUUGAGGAAUACGACUAUCGGGUGAAGCUUCUCCAGAAGAAGCAGUGGAGAGAGGAGUUGAAGAGAAUGAGGGAGAUGAAAAAGAAUGGUGGUAAAGACGCUGCUGCAGGUGAUUAUGCUUUUGCAGAGGAUGAUGCUGAUGCGGGGGCUGCCGCCCCUAUCGCGGUCCCACUUCCCGACAUGGCUCUGCCACCUUCGUUCGAUGGCGACAACCCCGCGUACAGAUUCAGGUUCUUGGAGCCCACUUCGCAGUUUCUUGCAAGGCCGGUUCUUGAUAACCAUGGUUGGGACCAUGACUGUGGUUACGACGGGGUCAACCUCGAACACAGCCUAGCAAUCGCCAGUCGUUUCCCAGCUGUCUACACCGUCCAAGUCACAAAGGACAAAAAAGACUUCAGCAUCAGUUUGGAUUCCUCCGUUUCUGCUAAAUACGGAGACGACAUAUCGACAAUGGCUGGCUUCGAUAUCCAGAGCAUGGGGAAGCAACUCGCCUACAUCUUCCGAGGCGAAGCCAAAAUCAAGAAUCUGAAAAAGCAUCGGGCGACAGGUGGAUUAUCAUUCACGUUGUUGGGCGAAAACGUGGUCCCCGGUGUGAAGAUCGAGGAUCAGAUUUCGUUGGGCAAGCAGUACUCUUUGUCGGGGAGUGCAGGUGCGGUGAGGUCUCAACAGGACACUGCUUAUGGAGCAAACUUCGAGCUGCAGAGGAGGGAGCUCGACUAUCCGAUCGGUCAGGUUCAGUCAACGCUGAGUGUGUCUGUGGUCAAAUGGAGGGGAGACUUAGCACUCGGGUUGAAUAGUUUGGCUCAGUUUUCAUUGGGUCGUAACUCGAAGGUGGCUGUACGAGCUGGGAUCAACAAUAAGCUUAGUGGGCAGAUUACGGUGAGGACUAGCAGUUCGGAGCAUCUUUCUCUGGCACUGACGGCCAUUAUUCCGACGGUGCUUUCUGUGUACAAGAAGUUCUUUGCUGGUGGGGGCGAAAAGUAUCCGAUUUACUAGUUGUUUUUUUUUUUAUUUACGUUUGUUUCUGCGUUUGUAUUCGAUUUUUGUAGCAUGCAAGACAAAUAGCUCUAUUCGUUAUUGGCUGCUCUGCUUGUUUUUUGAAUAAUAAUUCUCUUGUUUCCAUUAUAUUUCCUGAUGGUAUUUUGCAUGC